AUGGAUGGGUUGGCUAGCAACAGCCGUUUAAGGUUUUGGGUUGCGGUUACCGCGACCACUACCGUGGUUAUCCUUACUGUCUAUCUUCUCCGCAUCCGCCCCAUUAUUCGCAGGAUAAGUCGUCGAAGAAAGUCAGAUCGCCUUGACGGCCUUCACGUUAUUUCCGAGCCCGAAAAUGCGGAGGAUGUCACUUUUGAAAUUGUCGCCGUACAUGGCCUCGGCGCGGAUUCAGAGCACACAUGGACGGCUGCUGCUGUGGAAUCGCCUGAUUCGAAAAAGAAAGACCAUAGGCGCGUCCACUUACUAAAAGACCUUCUCAAAAAUGACUUCCCCCACGCAAGAAUCUCGGCAUUCGCUCACAACUCGGACUGGUUGAUCGAUGCCCCGGUUACAACAGCGCAACAAAUCGGCCACCGGUUGCUCGAUGACUUGGUGCACCAUCGGUCCAAACAUCGGGUGAGAACUGCUGAAUCUCAAAAGCACGAUGAGGCUAAUAGAUAA